AGUUUAUAAUACGAUUAUAAAACGAAAAGAUUAUUAAGGUAUUAUUUUUAUACUUUUUAUAUGUAUUAGGUUUCAGUUCUCUGUGGUCGUGUAAACCCGAGAUCGUCGCGAAAAAGAACACAUACUUAUAUUCGUAACACGUUUUUCUACACAACACAUUUACUUUUUCGCACUAUCUUUCUCCCUUUUAUCCUUUCGCCAAGCAGUAUAACAGCUGGACAGCAAUUGAUUACGUUAGUGACUCGGCGACAGCUGAGCUUGCUACUGCUUGUUUUUGUUCGUUGCUUUAACAUAUAAAUCACAGUAACAUUUUGUAAAAUGCAUUAAUUUAAUAAUGUAUGACCAAACGGCAAUAUGAAACAAAAUAUAUAUAUUUAGCUUUAUUAAUACUUUUUGCAUCGAUAUUUAAACGAGUUAAACGUGCGGAGUAAAGUCCAACAUCAACGCUAUGGAUAAAUCCUACAUACAUCAGAUCGUCACAGAACCUAUAAAAAAUCUUCUCCGAUUACAUCGUAUAAAAGAAAUAAAAUGGAUGAAUUCACGAGCAUGUACAAACCAGGCAUAUAAUCCUACUGCCAUAGAACAUGUGGCUAAUGUGGCAACCCAUGGAAUUUGGAUAGUCCCUUCUAUAAUCUGCAGUUUAGAACUUUUUCGACGUUCUAUAACAUGGACACAGCUUAUUUCCGCGUGCGUUUAUGGAACUUCACUGAUUCUUGUUUUUGUAGUAUCCACAUUUUUUCAUAGUGUCCAUUACUGUAAUCAUAACAGACAAUUAAAAGACGCAUUGCAUCGCUGUGAUCGUGCCAUGAUUUAUAUCUUUAUAGCUGCUAGUUACUUUCCAUGGUUAAAUGUAGAUCAUUUCCCAGGUGAUAAACUACUUUUUACAAUGAGGUAUGCUGUUUGGAUUAUGGCAAUGUUAGGAAUCCUUUAUCAACAAAUUUUCCAUGAGCGUUAUAAAAUGCUUGAAACCAUUAUGUACUUGGUCAUAGGUAUUGGUCCAAGUGUAGCAAUUAUUAAUGUUAAUGACUACUACAACAUAACUGAAUUAAAAACUGGAGGAUUUAUCUAUAUUUUGGGUUUAAUAUUUUUUAAAUCAGAUGGCAGAAUACCUUGUGCACAUGCAAUUUGGCAUCUUUUUGUAGCUGCUGCUGCUGGAUUUCAUUAUUAUGCAAUUUUAAAUCAUGUAUUUCCUGCAAUAGGUUCAACGGUCUCAAUCGAUCUACCAAAUGUGCCACCAUUACCCCAUAUAGUACAAUCUCACCUAGAGAUUUAGAUUGAGAUAUAAUAUUUUUCCUAUAUAUUAACAGUUUUGCAAAAAAGAUAUUGAAAUAUUCAAUGAAAACUCAGUAAAGACUGUAUUUGGUUCCAAUCUUCCAUAUAAACAAAGUUUUUAUAGAAAAAUUUGUUAUAUAUGAGUAGAAACUUUAGAAUUCCAAUCUUUUUAUCACUAUAAAAAAUUUUUAUCAUACAUUACUACAGCCAUUACAAAAGUAUGCAAAAUGUAAAUAUAAAACUAGUGUAAAGUUAUAGUAAAACAGUAUUCGAAAUAUGAGUACCGAAAAAUAGGUAUUGUUUAUAGUACGUUUGAUCUAUUUAAUAUUGAGAGAACAUAUUUUUGAUUUAAUUGUUGACUAUUAUUUUAUAUAGCU